AUGGGACCCAGAUAUCUUAUGUAUGGAGACAUAUCUACUAAGGCAGCUCACAUGCUAUCACUUCCUAAGGUUUCAGAUUUCUUUACAAGGUUAAUACAAAGAGUUUCUCCAAAGAGUUACCAGCAGGCUUUUGGAGAAGUCUAUGUGACACAAAAGUUUCUAGAGAAUUUUUGCGGGGAUCAGGUUCGUUUCUUAGCAAGAUCAUUUGCAGUACCGGAAAUCAUCUUGGACAACAAAGUCAUGGUUUUCGUUGGCCCUAUGGUGGCAAUUAUUACUCCUUUUAAUUUUCCCUUAGAGAUUCCUGUUCUUCAAUUGAUGGGUGCACUCUAUAUGGGCAACAAACCAGUCCUUAAAGUUGAUAGCAAGGUGAGCAUUGUCAUGGAACAAAUGUUACGUCUGCUUCACACCUGUGGCUUACCUGUUGAAGAUGUAGACUUCAUAAAUUCUGACGGGAAGACAAUGAACAAACUGUUACUGGAGGCAAAUCCACGAAUGACCCUUUUUACUGGUAGUUCAAGAGUGGCUGAGAAGUUAGCCCUUGAUUUGAAGGGCCGUGUUAAAUUGGAAGAUGCUGGAUUUGACUGGAAAAUACUGGGUCCUGAUGUCCAUCAGGAAGAUUACACUGCGUGGGUGUGUGAUCAAGAUGCAUAUGCAUGCAGUGGUCAGAAAUGCUCUGCCCAAUCAUUAUUAUUUAUGCACGAGAACUGGUCUAAAACUUCCUUGCUAUCGAAGUUAAAAGAUCUUGCUGAAAGAAGAAAGUUGACAGACUUGACAAUUGGCCCAGUCCUCACAGUUACGACUGAUUCUAUGCUUGAACAUGUCAAUAAGUUGCUUGAGAUACCAGGAUCAAAGCUGCUCUUCGGAGGUCGACCUUUGGAGGAUCAUUCAAUUCCGUCUAUUUAUGGUGCUAUUAAACCAACAGCUGUUUAUGUUCCUCUUGAGGAAAUUAUGAAGGAUAACAAUUUUGAACUUGUGACAAAAGAAAUAUUCGGACCCUUCCAGAUUAUUACCGAUUACAAAAAUAGUCAACUAUCAGUUGUAUUGGAUGCUUUGGAAAGAAUGCAUAACCAUUUGACAGCUGCUGUAGUUUCGAAUGAUCCUUUAUUUGUGCAGGAAGUCAUUGGCAAGACGGUAAAUGGUACUACUUAUGCUGGUUUAAGAGCAAGGACAACCGGAGCUCCACAGAAUCAUUGGUUUGGACCCGCCGGUGAUCCUAGAGGUGCAGGAAUUGGUACUCCAGAGGCCAUAAAACUUAAUAUCCUUCGAAUUGCGCCUGUGCCUGUAUCAGAGAAACAGCUUCUUUGUAUAUGCAAGGGUAACACAGUGUACAAUGACCCUUUCCCGUAUCUUGCGCGGAGCCUUUGGCGCUGGAAUUUUGGUUACCGUCACAUGACACUGCAGUUGCUAAUCACAAUUUCUGAUCCAUGUGUAGCUUUGACAUCAACAGUUGCUUCAGUAGCCAAUAUGCUGAAUCUUGCAAUUUCAACCAUGACUUUGUUAGAGGUAAUCAAGGAUGCUUCAAUCAAUUCAAAACCGCUUGAUUUACCUUUGGAUUACCCAAUUGUUCUGAACCCAGAUAGUAUCUUACCCAAUUUAAAGCCAAAAGAUAUAGAUGAAUCUUCUUCAUCACUCAUAAAGCCCCUUAUCGGAUGGAAUGUUCCGCCAACUGAUGCUGAGAUCACUGACAUUAACAAAAAGUUCUUUACACAGCUGAAUGCUAAGUUCAUGAACACUAAUAAUUUGGAUAAGGGUGAGUUUAUUAGUAGUUUGAAGUCUUAUCUAGAAAACAUCAGGGACAAAGUAGGGGUUGUGAUUGAGGUCGAUACGUCCAGUAGUGAUUAUAACAGGAUUUUGAUUGAUAAGCUUGGAACAUUCGUGGGUAAAGAUGUUGCUGGCCUGGUAUUGAAUGGGUGUGUAUCUUUGGAGAUUUGGGACGUGAUUGAGGCUUUGAUUGUUAAUGUUACUAUUGAGCAUUCUUGCUAUUCAAACCUGAUUACCAAAUUAGUGGAAAAAAGAGGUCUUAUUUGCUCUGUUUGUGCAUAA